AUGGCAGCAUCCCAGAGUAUUGUGACCCAAGAGAUUGUGCGGGAGUACCAGACUGAAGUGAUCAUCCUCCCUGUCCUUCUAGUGGGUGUCUUUGUCAUCCUGUUAGGUGUGAUCCUUUGGCUCCGCUAUCGAAGCUGGAGGUCGAAGCAACAGCAACUGCCCAGAAGCCAAGCUGUUGCCCCAUUGCCAGCAAAGGACAAGAACCAGAAGGAACACAGUGAGUCAGAGAACACCUAUAUCCAGCUGAGUGAGACAACUGUGGAGAGUCUACUAAGAUCUGCAGCCUUGACUCUGAAGGAGCUGGAAAUACCACAAGACAGACUCAUACCAGGGUCCUUGGAGCUGAUACACAAUGGCAGUUUUGGGGGAAUCUACAGAGCGGAAUUUGAGACUGGGAAACCUGGGAAGACUAAGACAGUCAUCCUGAAAGCCUUACAGGACACUGCUGGACCCAGUGAGGUGAAGGAUUUCCUGGGAAGGAUUAAGUUCCAUCAGUCCCUUGGUCAUCAUGAUAACAUGGUUGAACUGAUAGGAUGUUGUGUAGUCCAGCUGCCCCUUUAUAUGAUCCUGGAGGAUGUGUCCCAUGGGGACCUCCUGAACUUCUUGUGGACCUGCCGCAGGGACGUAAUGACCAUGGAUGGUAUCCCGUAUGACCUCACAGAGAGGCAGGUAUAUAAAGUCGGGCAGCAGGUUGCAGCUGCCUUGGAGUUUCUCCAGCAGAAGAAGCUGUUCCAUGGGGAUGUGGCAGCCAGAAAUGUCCUGAUCCAGUCUGACUUCACUGCCAAGCUCUGUGGGCUGGGCCUGGCCUAUGAAACCCACACCUAUGGCACCAGCUGUGUCAGACAGAUUGUGCCACUCAAGUGGCAGGCACCAGAGCGGCUAUUAAUGAAACCUCCCAGCAUCAAGUCAGACAUAUGGUCCUUUGGAAUCUUACUCUAUGAGAUGAUCACAUUAGGGGCUCCACCAUUUCCUGAGGUGCCACCUUCUGAUAUCCUACAACACCUUCAGAGAUGGAAGAUCAUGAAGAGGCCCUCCACCUGCCAGCCAGCUAUGUAUGGUAUCAUGAAGUCCUGUUGGCGGUGGAGUGCAACAGACCGGCCGCCACCCGCAGAGCUGAUCAAGCGCCUGCAAACAGCAGCCAAGAGCAGCAAUGACCAAGUGGUGCUCCAGGUGCCUGAGCUGGUGGUGCCUGAACUAUAUGCUGAUGUGGCUGGCGUUGAUUUGGGGAGUCUCGCCAGGGACUACACUGUGCUCUGAAGCAUGCCUCUGUGUACUGGGAAGGACUGGAUCUCUGACUUUGCCCCUCUUUGGGGAUACAAGGGGCUGACCCCUCUGGAACUCAGAAUGAAGUGUGCAUUGGGAGGGGUUUCUCUAAUUUUUUUUAAUGCAGAAUGUAGUUAAGAGGGUGGGAAGUUCUGAAAUAAACACUAGAAUCCAGAAGGGACUCCCAACUCACCACCUUGAAAUUGACAAAUAUACCCUGCACCACUCAAAUGCUUCUCUAUGUUAUGACUGGCUGCACUGACGGGGACCAACCAAACAGAAACAAUCAUUCUGAGUGACCUCAAGGAGGUUAUGAAGGUGGCCUCAAGGUUCAGUUAUGAAGUUGUACAGCUUUGAGUGAAUGAAGUCUGUGACAAGGAAGCAUUCCAGUACCACCAUAAGGAGAAGGGUGGGGUGGUAAAAAGUCUUGUCACCCAUGACCCCCCACUUUUGCUGCUUUUUCCAGUCAUACAUAUGAAGAGAAGACUUCGACCUGCAGCAAUGGCAGCUACUUGGACGGGACUGAAAGCUGUCUACAAGGAUUUACAAAAAGUGGACACCAUGGAUGGAUUAGAUGAUACCAAAUAAUUAUUUUCCAUCUCUAACUCCUUUAUUAACUGAGGGCCCAUUCAAAUGAAGGGUAAUAUUGCUUUUCAACAUUCCACCCCAUGGAUAGACCUCUCAGGUGCUUUAUGCCAUAACCAACUGCAAAAUAGUAGACACUGUGUAUUCUGAUAGAAUGAAAUACCCUGAAUGUUAAGGAAUGCAGCAGAGAUAGCUAUAUUAACGUAUCACUUGAUACAGGAAUGAAGGAUGUACCACUUGAUGCAGGAAUGUGUCUUGUUUUGUGGCGAGUGGCAGGGGCAGCGAGUUGUAUGGGCCCAUGGUGCCCGGGCUCCAGCAAAUUCAGGGCCUUCGGGGGCCCAGCUCCACCAAUGUUCGG